AUGGCCAAACCACUGAGGGUGCUGACCUGGAACGCCGGGCACUUAGGUCAACAGCAAUGGGCUGAGCUUCGCACCUGGCUGCGCACUGCUUCUGAUCAGUACGAUGUGAUUGCCCUGCAAGAGACGCACUGGCAGGAAAGCACUGAGUUUGAUGUUGAGGGGUGGCAUUGCGUAAGCUCAGCAAACAAAGGACAGAUCGAAGUGUCUUGCAUCCUUGUCCAAAGCGGUCCGAGGUUGACGGCCUUGGAUGAGGACUUAGCCAGCUCAACACUCUCCCGGGCAGAUCACGAGAUACUAGUGCAGGUAGACCAAUCAACGCAAAAUGGCAACUCCUAUCAGGCUGUCCCUCAGAACUCAGCGUCGGCAGCCGCGUGGAAGCUAUGUUCCGACUCGGCCAGCGAGCACCUGGCAGCGUGCUGCAACGACCAAGCCCGCAAAGCUGAGCACAGCUCGCUGGACUCGGCAGUGAUUCUUUCUGCACAGCUGAAGGCCUUCGACAUGGUUCGCCGCCAGGACCUCAUGGACACUCUUCAAGUCGUAGGCUGGGAUCGCGUGCUUCAUUGCUUGACGGGCUACGCAGAUGACUUGACUGUUCAUCACACUGACUCCCAGGUGCACAUGUGCAAGAUGCCCAGGUCCAAGAUCUCAAUCCAGCAGCCAGGCUGGCAGGACUCCCAGGUCAGGUCCACAGACAGUGGAAAGGCAGUUGCUGAAAUCUUUCAGUGGCAGGCCGUCGUGACAUGA